AUGAUGGAGGAUGAACUGAAGCUUGCCAUGGACCUGAUCGGAGAGCACAUGACCGACGCCCAACUCGACCACAUGCUCGAGCUUGCGGACAUCGACAAAGACGGCCGAAUCAAUUACCAAGUCACCUCAAUAAGAGCGACUCUUUUGAAGCAAAAGGAAGGCUGUGAGAGCGACUGGAAAAACGGUGUCCGGAAUGGACCGCAAAGAAAAAACGACUCUGGAGAAAAUGCCGCGAUCAGGAAAUGA